AUGUCCUUUUUCCGAAAUACCGCAGUUCAUGGUUUAUCUCAUUUUAUUGUUGUCGGUUAUGCAACUAUUGAGACACCCAGUCCAGCAACUGUGAGACUGGACUUCGCGUUUGUUACAAUCCCGUUGAAAGAAGUUCCUCAAAAAGCCGAAAUACAACAAUGGCUUCACAUGCAAUCGCCCAGUCUGAUCCAGCUGGACCAAUGGCAAAACGGUUCGACUGCUAACAGUUCGCCCAAUGCCCCGCGAUUUCGCAAGCGCUCGACCCCGAUCGCGUGCUUCCGGCACUCCACUUCCGCAUCCGCUUUUUCCAUACUGAAUGAAACGGUUGAGGAGAGCCCCACCGGGGAUGGUAAAUCCAACACUCCAGUACCCGCCAUUUCCCGUGGACGCAAGAAAACGUGGACUGCUGGGGUCGUUCCGGCUGAAAAAGAAUUGUCUCGUGAGUCCCGAUCGACGGGCAGCGCUUCCGCUCACGGGACGACCAUCAGCGCGAUGAAAGGUGGGUUGGAUGGAACCUGCAAUUCACCAGUCUACGGUACAGGUGCAUUUGUUUUACCUGAUAGCGGUCCAAUGCCACAAAUUCGUGUGAAUCUGCAAUACGAAGCAAUGGAUGUGCUUCCGAUAGACUACUACGGAGAACUACGAGAGUUUGUCAAAACGCAUUCCCUCGCCCUGGUUCGAUUCUUGGAACCUCAGCUGGCGGCAAAACAAAAAGAAGAGUUGGCCAGUUGUUUGGUGAACAUUUAUGAAAGAAUUCCUGGUCUGUCUGUCGCUCAGCUGUUGACAGAUUUACUCCGAGAAGACUUACGGCAGCACAACGACGAGAGCAUGAUUUUUCGAUCAAAUUCCGCCGGCACCAAGGCUGUUGAAUGCUACAUCAAACUGGUCGGAAAUGAUUAUUUACAGCACAUCCUUAAAUCAUCAAUUGAUCAGUUAUUGGCUACCUCCGAAGACUUCGAAAUAGAUCCUUCGCGUAUAACAAGUACAGAAUCCAAUGGAACGAUCAAUCCCGCUAAUGUAACUAAUCAAGUGGACAAGAACCGCGAAGCAUUGAUCAGACACUUGAAAGUUAUUUGGAGCAAAAUUUCCUCCAGUGUCUCUGAUUUACCCCGUGAACUACGUGAAGUGUUCGCCAGUUUGAGCACUUCCGUGGAACAGAGUCACGGAUCAAGAACAGCUGCACGACUGAUUUCCAGCUGUCUCUUUCUGCGAUUUAUCUGUCCGGCUAUCCACGGUCCCGUUCUAUUCGGCCUGGCCACAGCAGUUCCUGAGAGUAGUCGACUCUCGCGCAACCUUACCAUGGUUGCUAAAGUGUUACAAAAUUUGGCCAAUCUGGCCACAUUCGAGGAAAAGGAACGUCACAUGCGUUCACUGAACACGUUUGUGGAGGCCGAAAUUCCACGCAUGUGUGCAUUUCUUCAGUCCAUCUCGACCGAGCCCACAGACGAGGAUGCUCCGACCCAGAUGUCCGGCUGUCAUCAAUUUAUUGAUUUGGGCUAUGAAUUUGCUAAACUGACCAGUCUUCUAUUGGCUUACACAGGAAAUAGUACACUCCCUGAUGAACUGGCCGAUUUGCCCAGUAUUCUGUGUUUUAUCAACGAACACACGCAUGACGCAUUUCUCUCCUCCUGGACGCCGGAUGUUAUUCCUUGUCGUCGCUAUGCCAGUUGUGAUUCAUCCGGUCCUCUGCUUACCAAUCGGCCCCGGUUUAACAGUACGGAUAGUGUGCCCUAUGUACCAACAAGUACAAGUCAGACUGGACGAGACGGGUUCUCCAAUUACAGCUCAACGAAUUCACUUGUUCCUAAACUGGACGACUCGGGGACGGGAAGUCAAUCCGUGUUUCUAAACGGUCACGGAACGCACUCGUAUACCAGUGCUGUCCAAAGGCAAUCCACCGCACCAACCAGUCGUCAUGGCAGUACUUCAGGCAAUACCUCAGAUACUUUUUAUGUCCCCGAACCAACCGAGGAGGAGGAGGAGGAGAACACGGAAGAUUUGAUGGUCCAAUAUCAGGAACAGUUGCGUCAACUAAAUGCCUGUAUCGAUCGUGUCGAAUCAAACGAGAUCUGUCCCCGUGCGAUAACCUCUCAUCCGCAUAUCAUGCGAGUGAACGGCCUCGGGACAUCUUCCCAAAUAACAUCUCGUCUUCCAGAUCCCAAAUCACAUGCUGCUCAAAUCGGUCCUCCUAGCAUUCCAGGCAAUUGCGGAUCCAACACAAAUCGCACCGUUCCAUACACUGUUAGACCAACCGGUACAGAUGAGUUGAACUGUAUUAGUGACUACGAGAGUGGUGACCUGACAGAACGCUCGGACGAGCCGUGUCACAGUGAACCAAUGAAUACACCGAGUCGAGCAAUAGAUUCAGAUGCGGGUAAACAACCAUUUCUCGCCGGGUCUCCCAGUUUGGAUCAGUUGGCAGAACGAUUGCAAGAGCUACGAUUGUUGCUCAAACAUGAGAGACAGGAAUUGGAACAAGUGGUGGCGACAAAAACUCAAGCGAUUCAACAACAAGAACAAUCUAUCGAACAGUUGGCGUCCGAACUCGAUCAGCUACGACGCGGUCCCGGGGCACAAUCCGGACGUGGUCGAGUAACCAACGGACGUAAAUGGACAUCGGGUACGGUCAGUCCGUCCUCUUCUUGUUCUCUCUCUUCCGACUGUCACACAUCCAACCAGUCGGACGGUGCAUAUCUCUACUCGGACGAGUUAUCUGCUCUCCCAAAUGAUGCCGGCCAAUUCGCAUCAGAUUCGGUUCGUAUUCCGGGGACAAACUCUGCAGCACCAGCAGGGGCUGCAAUAGGAAAUGGAGGAGGAGGCAAUCAUCGGUUGCAACGUUUUCGUGCCAAGGCUUGGUCCGACCGAACUGAGCAGUCCAAUCUGACACCGACCAACACAAGUAAUACAGAGGCAAUGAAUCGUUAUGGACCAAAUUUGCUUGAUCUGACCCGAGCCAGUGAAGGCACUGGAAUUCCGUUAGGUACGGGGCAUCAAGCAAACGACAACGCUUUCACUGUGAUCUUCAAAGUACCAGCAAACCCAGCAAAGGCUGUUCGUCAACGACACCUUGCUACAGCCGAGGCGGUGGCUAUUCGCCUACUCAAUCGGUCCCUUUGGUCUCGAAAAAUGAUUCGUCCAGUCACUUUGUUUUCCCUUGUCAUGAUCGAGGGGCGCAGACCGGAAAUGAAACAGCUCACUCUAUCCACCGACUAUGAACAUCUUCGAACCACAAAACAAUAA